AUGAACCUCCUAUGCCCGUCUUGGUCUUACUGCUCAAAUCAUCUCGCUGACCCUGACGGAAGGAUCAUUCUAAUCUGGAAGCACCCUCUCACUAUCUCGAUUGCACACCAGUCUAGGCAAUCUAUGACCUGUCAGGUUGUCUGCCCCACUGCCCCUUCCUUCUACUUCACAGCAGUCUAUGCAGGCAACACUGUCGAAGAACGAAGCGAGCUGUGGGUAGAGCUCCUAGACCUCCAUGCUACUCUCAACUUAGGCUCUUACCCCUGGCUUGUUGGAGGUGAUUUUAACGAAAUAAGGCAUCCAACUGAGCACUCAGCGCCUUCCUCAGCGCAAAUUACCAACCCCAUGAUCGAUUUCUACUCUUGUCUUCAUCAGUUGGAAAUCCAAGACCUGAGAUAUCAUGGAGAGAAAUUCACCUGGUCAAACAAACAGCCAGACACUCCCAUAGCCAAGAAGUUGGAUCGUGCCCUAAUAAAUGAACAUUGGUUAAACUCAUACCCUCGUAGCCUCGCGCUGUUCCUUGCCCCCGAGAUUUUGGAUCACACGCCUUGCUAUAUUGAACCAGACCGCCCCCGUCCCCAAGCUGGAACUAAACCCUUCAAGUUCUUCAACUACCUCACCCUUCACCCUGACUUCCUUAAACUGGUUGCUGAAACCUGGGUACUCUCCCUCCGCCACCCCAACUCAGCUAACUUUUCUGCAGAGAGAGCCCUCCUAGAGAAACUUCAGUUCCUGAAAAAGAUUGAAGAAGAAUACUAUAAGCAAUUGUCCAGAAUCAAUUGGCUGAAAUGUGGUGAUCAGAACACUAGCUACUUUCACAAGGUUGCUAAAGCUAGGAAGGCCUUCAACUCUAUCAUCAUCCUUAUUAGUAUUUCUGGCAUUGAAGUAACCUCACCUGAAGAUAUUGGUAAUCUCGCGGUGGCACACUUCUUGAACAUUCUUGGCCCGCCUACUCCACAAACGACUCCCUUAUGA